AUGGGAACCAUAACAGUGGUGAUUAAUGAGGGACCAAUACUGUUGAUAAGGGCAUUGCACCGAGCAACGACCAACAAGAAAAUGUUCAGAAGUACAGUUUGGAGACGUUUUGCAUCUACCGGCGAAAUUGCGAAAGCAAAGCUGGAUGAAUUCUUGAUAUACCACAAGACAGAUGCGAAACUAAAACCAUUCAUUUACCGUCCCAAGAAUGCUCAGAUAUUGUUAACUAAAGAUAUUAGGGAUCCAAAAACAAGGGAACCAUUACAACCGAGACCUCCCGUAAAGCCACUGUCGAAGCAAACGUUAAAUGAUUUUAUUUAUUCGGUUGAACCCAACUCGACAGAACUACUAGAUUGGUUCAAAGAAUGGACAGGGACCUCCAUAAGAAAGCGCGCUAUUUGGACGUACAUCUCACCAAUUCAUGUUCAAAAGAUGUUGACUGCGUCAUUUUUCAAAAUCGGUAAAUAUGCGCACAUGGUAGGACUCUUAUAUGGUAUUGAGCACAAGUUUCUCAAAGCGCAAAAUCCAUCCGUAUUUGAUAUCGAGCAUUUUUUUAAUACUAAUAUCAUGUGUGCUUUGCAUCGAAAUAGGUUGAAAGACUAUAAAGAUGCAGAAAUUGCUCAGAGGAAACUGCAGGUUGCUUGGAAAAAGGUAUUAAAUAGAAAAAAUAAUACUGGACUAGCAAAUAUUCUUGUUGCAACAUUAGGUAGACAGAUUGGAUUUACCCCAGAGCUGACGGGCUUGCAACCUGUAGAUAUUAGUUUACCAGAUAUCCCCAAUUCAUCAAGUGGCGCGGAACUAAAGGACUUGCUAAGCAAAUACGAGGGGAUAUACCUUAUUGCAAGAACAUUAUUGGACAUCGAUCAACACAAUGCUCAAUAUCUAGAAUUGCAAGAAUUUAUACGCCAAUAUCAAAAUGCAUUAAGUGAAUCCAGCGAUCCAUACGACACGCAUUUGAAAGCGUUGGGACUGUUGGAAACACCACCUCCUCAGGAAUCCACCGAAAAAGAGGAAAAAUAG